AUGUCAUCAGACAAUUACAACGAAAAAUUGACAGCUGCUUCUAACCCAAAUAUCGAGGAUGACUGGCAGAUUGUAAGCAAGGAAGAAAUUCAACCCGACGACUCGGGAAAAGAGGAAAAGAAGGAAUCAAAUUUCGAGAAAGACUCCGGCAACUCUGAGAAGAGUGCUGCGGAAGAGAAGAGAGAAUUAGCAAAGGCAAAAUGGGAGGGCAUGCAACCGCAGAGGGGCGGCGUGUAUCCUGAUAGAGAGGUCAAAACACCAGACUAUCCUCAGUUUACUGGAAACUGGUAA